AUGACCCUCCAAGACCUUGCCAAGAAAUUUUAUCGUCGGGCUUGGGGUAAUGACUGGCCUCACCACAAAGGUAGGAUCUCUAAGUUCGACGUCGGGCUCCCCAUCGACGAUCCCGACGACUUCAACUUCGCCGUUGACGAUCAUUUCGACUACAUUUGCUACGACGAUGUGGACACCCUUUAUCGUAUCCUCAACUUGAAGAAGCCGAUCGUGAAUGCUCUCAUUGUUCGUCCCGAGUAUGACUUACUUCGGACGAUGAGCGAUAGUCAGUUCCAAGCCGCGUUCGUCGUGACGGGUCAUUCAGGGACUGGAAAAACCAUGUUCCUCCUGUAUCUUCUUAUUUAUCGCCUUGAACACAAGUAUCCGACGGCGGUCCAAUUCGACAUAGAUUGCUACUUCAUCUUCGACGAACAUGGUGCUUUGGAACGUCCUACCACUGAUCACGCCAACCCACGCCUUGACCAGUGUUGGGCACUAGCUAAUAGCAACUCCGACGUUACCCAGCCAUGUUCAAUCUUUCGAAGUGGGGCCAAGCUUGUCAUCCAGGCUUCGUCACCAAAACCCUCGAGAUGGAAGGAUUGUACGAAGGAGGCCCCGGGCGAGCGGAUCUACUCGGAGCUGCCCUCGGUGCUCGAGAUCGGAGCGAUCUUAAAGGAGUCCCACUUUGACCCAUCCUCUACUUUCACCCUCGUGUCUAAGUGGGGGCCAUCAGUUCGGACGAUCAUCGGCAUCGUGAAUGCCGCCGUCUUUGGACGCUCUCAGAAAAUCGAAAAGAUGUUGGAAGCCGACGCCCGUGGGGCAGCACUCCAGAUAUGCUCUGCUCCGUCGCUCGUUAACCUCUUCUCAUACAACGAAAGUCCCAGUAUUAGGUUCGUUCGCCCUUGCCGCGAAAAAUUCGUGGAUAACGGCAACACUGCCAUUGUCUCGUCCUCGGAAGCUAUCUCCUUCAUCCCGACCAAGUUCCUCGACAAUCUCUUCACAACAUAUUGCACCAAAUUCUCCACCGAUAGAUCCCUCGACCUCUUCGAAGCGUUCAGUUCACACUCCCUGACACGGACCACCGCCACCUGGGUGUUCGAAAAACGCGUGCAUAAUCUCUUGUGCAGGAGUGGCGCGGAUAUGGCCAUCUUUUCAGCCGAUAGACAGCAGAUGAAGAUGCGGCCAUCGACCAAUCUCAUUCCUGGCACAGCGACCGGGCUCAAGGGCAUGGAUGUCUCCGACUCCUUCUACUGGAUCCCGUCCGUGAUGGAUUUUCCGGGUAUCGACGGUGUCCUCGGCAAUACUGAGAGGAACAUCUUCGCCGUGCAAACGACUAUCGCAGACGGCCACCGUAGAUCCGAGGGUGGCCUUCGACGGAUUUGGCAAAACCUCGAAGUCAACGUUCGACAUGGUCGUACUUGGCACUUGGUUGUCGUUGGAGACAACGAUAAAGCGGUUGGUGGGCUGGUGGAGCAGUUUGCGACGGAGUUGAAGAACUUCACCCUCGGCCAAUCUCUGAUACACGUGCAGGUGUGGGGUUAUGUUCUUCAUUCUCGCCGUUUGAUGUAAUUGUUUCACUCGGACUGUUAUCUUGCGUGACAGUCUACAGAUAUCAUUAUUAUCUAUGUCGACUUUCUUUGCUGUUUUCGUCCGUAUAUAUAGGGCUGACCAUGGUCUGC